GUUUUCUUUUGUUUUGUGCCAAACACUCAACGUGACCAGCUAUCCAACUAACCGCCAUGGCGGCACCGGCACCGAUGAUUCUUCUCCUUCUGACGGUGGUGUUCUUCAUUCAAGCUCAAACGCAGCUUCAACCAAGUGAUGAAUCAUUCACCUCUGUCGUAAUUUCCCAAAAGGGACUUAAUUUUGUCAAGGACUUGCUCGUAACCAAGGCGAUUUCUUCCAUAAUACCACUCGAACUUGCUCCAAUUAAAAAAUCCAUGAAAAUACCAUUUUUGGGUGGCGUUCAAAUGGUGUUAUCAAACAUCACAAUACAUGGAAUUGAUGUUGGAUCAUCGUCUUAUGUCAAGCCUGGCGAUACGGGAAUCGCAGUUGUUGCUUCCGGAAUAACUUGUAGUUUGACCAUGAAUUGGCGUUAUACUUACAGUACUUGGAUUUUUCCUAUCUUUGUUUCAGAUGAAGGAAGUGCUUCAAUACAGGUUGAAGGCAUGGAAGUUGGGCUUACUUUAGGUUUGGAGAUCCAAGAAGGAACGCUGAAGCUUUCACUUUUGGAUUGUGGAUGUUUAGUUAAAGAAAUCUCCAUAAAUUUGGAUGGAGGAGCUUCUUGGCUUUAUCAAGGGAUGAUUGAUGCCUUUGAAGAAGAAAUAGAAUCUGCAGUGGAGAAUGGUAUCACCAAGAAACUCAAAGAAGGGACUUUGAAGCUUGAUUCAUUUCUGCAAGCUCUUCCGAAGGAAAUUCCAUUGGAUGAUAAUGGUUCUCUGAACGUGACGUUAGUGAAUAUGCCUUUACUAAGUAAUUCUUCCAUUGGGUUUGACAUCAAUGGUUUAUUUACUUCAAGUAAAAAUGCCGCAGUUCCUAGAUACAGUGAGAAGUAUUCACAAUCUUUGAGUGCUUGUGAGGAUCCACCAAAAAUGCUCGGAAUUUCAUUGGAGGAGGCUGUUUUUAACUCGGCAUCUUCCUUGUACUUUAAUGCAGAUUUUAUGCAAUGGAUUGUAGAUAAAAUACCAGAUCAGUCUCUUUUAAACACUGCUGGAUGGAGAUUUAUUAUUCCCCAACUAUACAGGAAGUAUCCCAAUGAUGAUAUGAAUUUGAACAUUUCCUUAUCGUCAGCUCCUGUCAUAGUGAUCUCAGAUCGUGGUAUUGAUAGUACUGUGUAUGCAGACCUGAUAAUUGAUGUCGUUGAAGCAGGUGAAAAAAUAACUCCAGUGGCAUGUAUCUCAUUGGUGAUUCGUUCCUCUGCUUCAGCUAAAAUUAUAGGGAAUAACCUUGCUGGGAGUGUGAGAUUGAACGACUUUACAAUGUCAUUGAAGUGGAGUAAUAUCGGUAAUCUGCACUUGUAUCUAAUUCAGCCUGUAAUUUGGACUUUUGUUCAAACUGUUUUCUUACCUUACACCAAUGGAAUCCUUGGAAAAGGAUUCCCUUUACCAAUCAUUCAUGGCUUCACCCUGCAAAAUGCUGAACUAAUCUGCUCAAACUCAAGAAUUACAGUCUGCAGCGAUGUAAAUUAUACAGAAUGAAGUAAAUCUCACUCAUCUAUUUCCUGGUCUUCUCCAAGUGUACAUAAACACAUCAUACAUCAACCCUCUGAAAUUGAAAUGCUUAUGGAAGGGAAUGAAACACCUAAGGAUAACCUUUGAUUCUGCUGUACAGUCUUGUCUUUGUAUGUACCAGCACCACUGCCCUCUCUCUCUCUCUCUCAUUUUUAUUUUAUUAUUUUCCUGUUUGCUGGGAGGCAAAUUGUUUAUGUAUUCUUUGAAGCUUAUAUAAACGCCAGUGAAACAUGUAAUUUAUCCUUACUAAGCAUAAGUUUGUCAGUCAGAAAUACCUGACAAUUUGCAA